CAUCGGCUUUAUAAUGAAAGGAAUCGCUUCAUCUACUACUUUUUUUCUUGCCUCACAAAAUUGGAGGAGUCAUACGAGGGAGAAGUAAAAACUGAGGAUCUAAGCUCUUUUCUGGGUAGUUGAGAUGGGUAAGCGAAUUUUGGACAAGGGAACAAAAAGAAUAAUGAUAAUAGAACUAAUAUUAAGGGCUUUUAUUUUGAUUUUUACAAUAUUUGGGAUGAGUCGUGCAAUAACUAUAAAGGAAACGAAGGAAAUAUUUGGCAUCCAAAAAGAAGCUACAUUCAAGCAAAUCAAAGCUUUCACAUUCUUGGUUGUUGCCAAUGGAAUUUUAAGUUGUUAUUCUCUUAUUCAACUUAUGAGAACAGCUCUGAGCAUUUAUUUUAAAACUCCAUUGCUAAACAAGGCAUUUGCAAGCAUUAUUUUUACUUGUGAUGAGGUUAUCACUUAUUUGAAUUUUGCAGCGGCAAUAGCAUCUAUAGAGUCUGCAUAUAUAGCAAAGGAAGGAGAAGAUGAUUUUCAAUGGUUCAAAGUAUGCUUCUUUUUCGGAAGAUUUUGCAAUCAAAUAGGAAUGGUUCUUGUGAGUUCCUUCAUAGAAAUUUUGUGUAUGGUAAUUGUGUCUUUGAUAUCUUCAUAUAAUCUUUUUCGAUUAUAUAAACUCAAGGCUAGAUCAAAUUGUUGAUGUCUUGAGAUAAUAUUUAUGAAUAUCUGUUUA